CGCCACCGCUGACGACUGUAGAUGUCCUCCUCGUCCUUGACGGUUGACGAGCCGUUUAUGCCUCAGGGUUAACGCGGAUGUCAGAUGUCAGUCUCAUACUCCUUUCUCAUAAUCCAUUCUCUUAGAGUAGAAGUACAUUGAAUAUAAGACUGUAAUCGUCCCAGCUUGUGUAUUGUAUUUGCAAUUUCAAGGAUGUCUGGACCUACCGGAAUUACUCUAGGUUAUUGGAAUAUUCGUGGCCUUGCUCAGCCAAUACGACUGAUGUUAAAAUAUUGUAAUGUUGAAUAUGAAGAUAAGAGAUAUUGUUAUGGCCCCGCUCCUCAAUUUAGCAGAGACGAGUGGUUCAGAGAAAAGGAAACCCUUGGUUUGGACUUCCCAAAUCUUCCUUAUUUGAUUACUAAUGAAGGUGGUGAAAGUGUUAAACUAACUCAAAGUCUUGCAGUUAUAAAAUAUGUGGCUGCUAAGUAUGGUCUAAUUCCUCUUUCACCUAAACCGCAUCACCAAGCAAGAUUAGUAAUGAUUGAGCAGCAAGUUGCCGACUUCUAUUCUCACUUUACAGGAAUGUGUUAUGAUCCUGACUUUGAAAAAAAGAAGGAAAGUUAUUUAGAAAUAUUUCCUGGUCGUUUGCAAAAGUUGUCAAACUUUUUAGGCAAGAAUAAAUGGUUUGGUAUAGAAGAGGAGAAAGGUGUCGUAAAGCUCUCUUAUGUGGAUUUCAUGGCAUAUCAUUAUUUGGAAGAGCAGAGGACAUUUGAGCCACAUUGCUUGGAUAAAUUUGAGAAUUUAAAAGCUUUUAUGCAAAGAUUUGAGGAGUUGCCUCAGCUUAAGGAAUAUUUGAAGUCAGACGAAAUUGUAAAUCUUCCCUAUAAUGGGGAUAUGGCAUACUUUGGAUCUAGAAGCCACCCUGUACAGAAGCCUUAAGCCGAAACUAUAGCCAAUGGGCAGUGCUGAAGUCAUUGCUUUUAAUUGCAUUCCAGUAUAAAAUAUCUGAAGCAUUUUCACUAAGAUUUUUUUGACGUUUGUAACGUAACAUUUUUUUAGAAAUCUUACCAUGUUAAAAGUACCAUGAUAAAUUUUUCAUACCCAUAUAUUUCUUCCUACAGGUUCAAAAACUUGCUCAGCUUAUAUUUUUAUAUGUUGGUACAAAACUGUUGUACUACUUUACCAACUAUUGCAAUUUUAAUAAAAAAUUUGGUUACA